GAGUCUUGUCUCAGAGGCGACUCUUCAAAGCCUCCUUCCCCGCGAGGGACGACCCUCGUCCCUUACGGAUGUUCCUCCCCAGGGAGACGCCCUUUCCCGAGGCGACUGCCUGGCGCCCAUCGCCUCCGCCUGCCCCGCGUCUGCCUCAGACCCCUCGCCGCUGCAGGCUCUGCCCGAACGAAUCGCAGAGCGGACCCCCCGCCCUUUCUUCACCUGAUCCCUUGGGCACCCUUUUCUCCUUGUCACCAGCCCAGCCCAGGUCAUCCCGGGCUGACUGCUGCCCCCCCGCCUCUGGGGAGACAGGACUUGCGGGGGCGGCAGGUGGGCUGACAGCUGCUGCGGCCCGGCUCUGUCUCGGGGUCACCCCUCCUCUCAGGCCUUCCUAGGUUUAUGCCUGGCCCUGGGCUGCCCGCCUAACAUGGCACCUGCCUUUCCAGUCUGGCCCCCCCCCCCCCCGCCCCGUGGGAUCUCCCGUUUUAUUGCAUCUCCGCCGUUUGAAUUAGCACCUUUCAAACAGGGUGUCAUAGUAGUUGACCCAGGUCUUAGCCACUCCCUCUCCGAAAACCUAGCCCCUUGGUUUAGAGGUGAGGAGACUGAGUGGGGCUCAUCACCAUUUUCAACAUGGAAUUUUCUGUAGACCUCGUAGUUUUCUAAUAAGCCUAGCCUUGUGGGUUUAGGUGUCAAUACGAAUGAAUGUCCAUUGGCUUCUGUGGCUUGUAGAGCGUCUCCAUUACACAGGGGUGUUUUGUGGGUGAGAUGAUGAAGCAGCGUUAGUCUGAGAGUCAGGCAGAGACAGUGAGUUGGUCUUUUAUAGUUUAUAAAGCUGGUUCACUCAUUCAGGUCACUCAGUCCUCUAGGCAGCCCUCGGGAGUGGGCAGGCAGGCUCUGGCCCUUGAGCAGGAGAUGCUCAUGACCAGUAAAUAGAGCAGGGCCCAGUAGGCUUCUGAGUCCUGACUGGUGCUGAGAGGGUCAGAGACCGUAGAAAAGCAAAGGACACGGUGUUCAAGGUCAUCUCCACUCCCUUUCCUGGGCCCAGACGCCCAGCCUCUCUUCCUAACCUUAAGAGCAGUUCGGGCUCAGAGCUUGCUUACUCUCCUGCUGUGUGCGCAGGGCUGUUGACCUGCCCUUACAGCGCCCAGAUUCUUGUCACCUCUUUGUAGUUUCAGGUCUCGUGAGAUUCAGCAGUUGCUUCUUUCUCCUGGGGUCCAGCUUAUCUGCAGUGACUUUUCAAAUCUGCUGUGUCUAAUCUACAGGGUGUUAGGAAAUCCAACAGCUCAGCUUGUACCUAAAACAUGAGUGCAGGUGCUCGUGGCUCUGUGUUGAUGUGCACACGGAGUUUGUGAGCUCUGUAGUGUCUGUCUGGGUGACACGGCUGGAUAGAUUGUUAGCUGAGUUCCAGGUGAGCAUGGUGCACCUGGGCUGAGAAAAGGGCCCUGUCAUCUUGUCCCAAAGCGGGAGGCUUCGGGAGUGAGAGGACCACCCCAGGAAGGCUGCGUGUGUGUUCAUGCUGCUGAGGAGGCGCCCUGUCUCUACCUGUUUGCUGCCGCUCUGGGUGUGGUGCGGGUUACAUGUGAUGCGUGGAUAUUGCCCUGGACUGGCUCCUGGGAGUUCGGGCUGCUGGCUCUGCCGCAUUUAUAGCUCUGUGACCCUCGGGUGUCUCCUGGGUGGUGGGGAUAUUUGGGGAGUCCCCAGGGCCCCGUGGGGGCUCUGGUGUCAUCAGCAGAGGCCUCAUUCUCCCGGGAGCUGCUGCUGCCUCUCCUGACCGCGGCCUUCCACCUGUUGCUCAGCACGUGGCCUGGGCCGUGUGGGGUUCUGCAUUUAUCUAAGGUCAGCAAGUGUUUGUGAUAAAGAAUUUCUGCUGUACCUUUGAGAUGAUUAAGAAAGAGAUGGCCCUGCCCAGCCUGGUGGGGCGAAAGCCUACAGGCUAACCUGCGCUCCUGUGAUAAGGACAGCGGGGUGGGGUGGGGGAACAAAGAGCCCUGGUGAAUGGGGGUGGGCUUCAGGCAGAACAGCGGCCUGGAGAGCAGGCCUGGGCCAGGCUCCUCGCGGCUGUGCAGGGUCUGCCAGAGGGAUGUUCGUCUCGGGCGAUUGAGUGAGGGGUCAGGGCUGGGAAUGAGGCAGUGCGGCCAGAGCACCUGCUGUGGUACUGAUUCCUCAGAAAACGACAGAAAGCUGCUCUGGGGGCUGUGGUCAGGGGCUGUUACUUUUCUGGCCGUGCCCCCUUGGCAUUGGCCAGGUGUCCGGAGGCUGUGGACGCUGGUCUUCAGCUUCCCUUCCAGAGCCCCAGCCGGUGGUGGACAGUGGUCAGGAGGCUGUGGGAGCAGCCAGGGCCCUGAGCUUUAGAGUCAGUGAUUCAGGUUUGGCCUUCUGUGAAAAGAACUGUGUGUUUAUUAAGAACAUGAUACGUGAACUUACUUGUUAGAUGAUUUGCCUUUUUCUCACUGGACUCUCCUACUAAUGACUCCAGGGACAGCGUGCUCCGCCAGGUGGCUGGUUUGUGGAUGGGAAGGGUGCGGGCUGGGGAAGUGGUUCGAUUUCCCAGCCUCUGGCAUCUCUGCUGUGCUGUGGGCCACGUGAGGAAAUAAGCCCCGCUUCAGAAAUGCCUGCCUUUUAUUGAGCACCUGUUAGGUGCCAGGCCCUGAGCAAGGUGCUUUAUUUCUGCCAUCUUCCACCUUUCCAGCUUCGCAGGGCACAGCAGGGAGCUGCCCAGCAGGCACAGAGUGCGGUCAGUGAGGCGGCUGGGCAGGCCUGCGGCGCAGUGCAGGGCUUGGCCCGCAGGCACUCUGCCCUGCUCUGCAGCCCCUGUCGGCCUGGGGCGCCGUUCCCCUGGAGGAGCACCAACUGGGGCUGCGCCUGCUUCUCCUCUGGCAGUGUCCUCGCCAUGUGCCCGGCCGCGUCUCCCUGAUGAACUCUGGGCCUUGCCCAGGUGGAGGCCUUGAUGGCAGUGCCUUCUCAGGGCACCCUCCUCGCUCGCAGUCUCUUGCCGCCCCUGAAACACACCCAGAGCAUGUGUGUGGGGUCCCUGGCGGAGGAGAUGUGGCCCUGGGCUCAGCCGUGGUCUUGGAGCCGCUGUGCCUGCCCUUUGGUGUGGCAGCCCCUUCAGGCCUCACCUCAGCCUUGGUGCCGGCAGCCUUGGAUCUGCAGGUCGUUGGCAUUCUGGCUAGAAUAACUUGUGGAUCUGUCCUUUCCCUCCCUCUGAAUGGUAAUGUCUCAGGGUAAUCGUUACCUGUCAGCUUUGGCCGUUUUCUUUCGCUGUCUCGUGUGCGUCCCCACUGGGACUUGGCAGCGGCCCAUCCGCUCCAGAGCUGAGGAUUUCUUUAUCAGCGUGUGUAAUCUGCUCCACACUUUCUACCUGUUGAUCCCUGACUCAUGAUGGUGCGGAAGUGAUGCACAGUCAGUAGCAAGUACUUCCAGCUUUGAGUUUGGCCUUUUUUUGGACCAGCGGCGGGAAGCGGAUGCUCUCUUUGAUGUUGGGCAGCGGCUGCAGCAGCUCCCCGUCAGCCUGCUAUCUCCAGGGCUCACUCGGGUGCCCUGACUGCGUCCUGUAUUCACCGUCGGCGCCGUGUGCAGUCAGUUACAGAACUGGUCCACGCUUCAGUGUAAAACAGGCUUUGUGCUAGAUGGUUUUGCCCACUUGUGAGUGUUCUGAGCAGGUUUCAGGAAGACCAGGCUAAACUUUGGUAGGUUCAGUGUAUUAAAUGCAUUUUCGACUUUUGACAUUUCUCAACUUACGAUGGGUUUAACCCUAACCCCAUUGUAAAUCAAAGAAGAUCUGUAGUCUGUUUUCUCAGCUUAGUUCAACCCAGCAAAUAAGUGCUUGUUUGUGUUAGGUGGGGUGGCCUGCGGAGCUGGGAGGGCAGGGUCGCUGGGAGGAGGGUGCCCAGGGGGGCACUGGGGACCAGUGGGCAGUUUGGCGCAGUGAGGAGCGCCUGGAAGGGCCUGCCCACUCCUUGACCACAGGCUGGCCUUGGCAGUGCUUCACCUGCCCCCAGACUGGGCACUGUGCAAGGGCUUUCCAGAUGUCAGUUCACUCACCCGCACUGCAGCAGUGCGGUGGUCACCACCCCGCAGACAGGGAAACUGAGGCACAGAGGGAAGGAACUUACCUAAACGGCAUGGCUGGCAAGUGCUUUAGCCCAGAUUCCAGCCCCAGCUGUGUGGCUCCAGGGUCCGCCCUGAGCCGCGGCCUCGGCUCAGCCUGAGGCUCUGGGGAGCCCAGCCAGUGGCUGGUGGCGAGCGGUCCCCUCAAUGCUGGGAGCGCCUCUGCCCCGGGUCAUGACUGCUCAGCGUCUCCGGGCAGUGCCAAGUCUGCCUGGACCCACCGCCUCCCGGAGAGUGCGGCAGACGCGCUACCCCUGUGACUGCGAAAACGGUCAAGCGUAGGGUCCCCGAGAGUUACUUACCCAGGUGCUUCCGCCCAGGUCUACCCAGUGUUAGCAUCUGGCUCCAGCUGAUCUGUGUCCAUUUGAAACCAUACGUAUUUUGAAAGUAAGUCACAGACUUCUUGACGCAUAAUCUCGACACUUCAUCGUGCACCCUAAAGGGGGGGUAUCCUCUGAUGUGACCAUCAGAACCGUCUCACCUCAAAAUCCUGACUGUGGCUCUCUGCUGACUGUGGUCCCACAAGUGUUUCAUAGGUGUUUUCUUUCAGAGGUUCAGUCAGGGUUCAUGCUUUGCAUUUGGUGCAAGUCCUCCCAGGUUUUUUCUUGUGACUCUUUUUUAAACUUCGAAUGAAAACUAGGCAAUAUGUACAAGAAGGAGAGAGAAUUGAUAAGUGCUUGUACCGGGUACCAGUAGUUGUCAAUGCGUGGAUCUGAACAGGUUUCAGAGAGGCCAGACUGCUGUGUAAAGAGUACCCCACGCUCAAGAAUCCUUUGGGUCACAGAUAAUGAACCAGAAGCCCCAGGGCUGCCGGCUGCCGUCAUUUCUUUUUCCAUGGGUUUGUGGUCUCUCUGAGAAGACCGAGCCGCAUCAGACUGCUCCCUGGCCAGAGGCACAGGCGGCUGGUAUGAGGGGAAUGGCCGCCUCUCGACUCAAGCACUGGCCUCGGCCCUCGUGCUGGCUCCUCAUGCCGUCUCCCUGAUCGCCCCAGAGGCCCAGCUCUGCCUCGGGCUGCAGCCGGUCUUGCUGGGCAUCUGGCCCUGCCUGCUCCUGCGGCCUCCCUGCAUGAAUCCCCUGGAGUCCCUUGGGACACCCCACCUGGCUGAGGCUCCAGUGUCCUAGGACCAGGCCUCGCGGCUGGGCCAGCGCAGCACACGGGGGCACGCGCCUCCUGCUGCAGGAUGGUGGUGGUGAGAGGGCCUGGGGGGGCCUGCAGCCAGCGUGUCUCCACCUGACACGCGCAGAGGGCUCUGCUGGGGAGGAGACGGGCUCAUGUUGUCAGUGGGCUGGGGGUGGGGGAUAGGAAAGGGUGGGCAUCGUCUGUGGCGGCUGGCCCUCGCUGCCUGUCUGCCCGAGGCUGCCUCUGUGGCCCCUGCGGGGUUUUCCUCGAGGAUCUGCACUCACUGCGGGGGCCUUGGGGAGCAGCGCUCUCUGUCAGCCCUGGUCUCCUCUGAGGACAGUGGGUCAUGGCCUUUUCCUUUGACUUCUGUGUUGUUUUGUAUCCUUGAAAUCGUCUCCAGGGCUGUGUGCUUCGGCCAGAAAGUGAUUGGAAAGUCAGUUCCUUCUUUGGCUCAGAUUUCAUAAUAAUAACGUUAACAUCUGUGCUGUGGGCUAUGAUUUAGUUUGCGAAAUCUUUUUUCGUCCCCAAAACUGAGACUGUUUACAGUUGGGGAACCUGAGGCUGAGAGCCCUUCGGGUCUUACUCCAGUAAGAUCGGGAGACUAAGGCUGACCGUGGCGUGCCGUGGUUUCUUCCGUGCCCCUCAGCCAGGGCAGCUCGUGGGGCCUUGACUUCUCUGCCUGCCCCUGGCUGUGCCCCCCAGCCCCCCACCCCAGGUCUCACCAGGGGGCUCAGAGACACAAGUUCUUGUGUCUGUCUACUUGCCCAGCGCCAGUCCCCGAGGCCCUGCCUCCUUUCUGAACUUGACCCUUCCCUGGGAAGCUGCUGGUCUCAGGGGGGAAACAGGCGGUGAGGGCGCCAGGACUCUGCCGGGAGCUGGGGGCAGGGCCUGUGGGGGGCGGCCUCCUGGUGCAGACGCGGCCUUGCGUCCCUCGUGUGACGCUGCCCUUGCCCGCGCUCUGAACCUGGAGCUGUUGCUGCUCCCGAGUCAGACGCGGGCCCAGGAAGCACUGACGCUCCGCAGUGAUGGGUCGUGGGGGACGGGGGAUUCCUGCCGCCAGCCCUGUGCCCUCUGCUCUUUGCAGGCACAGCUCUGCCACUUCCACUCAGCCCUGCUGCAGGGCAGGCCCAAGCCCUGGCCGUCCCCUGCCAUCUUCUUCAGGAGGAACCUCGCAGCCUCGCCGGCAAGGCCCCUGAGGCCCCAGCCCCUGUGGAGGAAGGCGCUGUCGGCCGCGGCCCUGGGGGCGCCCCUGCUGCUCGGGGUGCGAUACCUGACGGCGGGAGCCCAGGAGAGGAGGCGGAUGCGGCUGGUGGUGGACGGCAUUGGGCGCUUCAGCAGGUCUCUGCGGGUCGGCCUGCAGAUCUCACUGGACUACUGGUGGUGCACGAAUGUCAUCCUGCGUGGGGUGGAGGAGCCCGAGGUACUUGGAAGUGAUGUCUGCGUGUCAUCAGCGGGCGGCUGACGCCCUGGUGGCGGGGGCCAUCAGCAACGGGGGUCUGUACGUGAAGCUGGGCCAGGGGCUCUGCUCCUUCAACCACCUGCUGCCCCCCGAGUACAUCAGGACACUGCGGGUGCUGGAGGACAGGGCCCUCACGCGGGGCUUCCGGGAGGUGGACGAGCUGUUCCUCGAAGACUUCCAGGCCCCGCCCCAUGAGCUCUUCCAGGAGUUUGACUACGAGCCCAUUGCUGCAGCAAGCCUGGCCCAGGUGCACCGUGCCAGGCUGCACGAUGGCACCGUGGUGGCCGUGAAGGUGCAGUACAUCGAUCUGCGGGACCGCUUUGACGGCGACAUUCACACCCUGGAGCUCCUGCUGCACCUCGUGGAGCUCAUGCACCCCAGCUUCGGCUUCAGCUGGGUCCUCCAGGACCUCAAGGGGACCCUGGCCCAGGAGCUGGACUUUGAGAACGAGGGCCGCAACGCUGAGCGCUGUGCACGGGAGCUGCAACACUUCCGCCACGUUGUGGUGCCCCGCGUGCACUGGGGCACGUCCAGUAAGCGCGUGCUGACGGCGGAGUUCUAUGAGGGCUGCAAGGUCAAUGACGUGGAGGCCAUCCAGAGCAUGGGGCUGGCGGUGCAGGACAUUGCAGAGAAGCUGAUCAAGGCUUUUGCUGAACAGAUCUUUUACACGGGUUUCAUCCACUCUGACCCCCACCCCGGCAAUGUUCUGGUGCGGAAAGGCCCAGACGGGAAGGCUCAGCUGGUGCUGCUGGACCAUGGGCUCUACCAGUUCCUGGACGAGAAGGACAGGCUCGCCCUGUGCCAGUUGUGGCGGGCCAUCAUCCUGAGGGACGAGGCGGCCAUGAAGGCGCACGCAGCCGAGCUGGGAGUGCAAGACUACCUCCUGUUCUCCGAGGUGCUCAUGCAGCGGCCCGUGCGCCUGGGGCAGCUGUGGCGCUCGCGCCUGCUGAGCCGUGAGGAGGCGGCCUACAUGCAGGACAUGGCCCGCGAGCACUUCGAGGAGGUCAUGGCCGUGCUCAAGGCCCUGCCACGCUCCAUGCUGCUCGUGCUGCGCAACGUCAACACGGUGCGCUCCAUCAACAACGCCCUGGGCGCCCCGGUGGACCGCUACUUCCUCAUGGCCAAGAGCGCAGUCCGGGGCUGGAGCCGCCUGGCAGGUGCCAUGUACCAGAGCAUCUACGGUGCCAGCAUCCUGCGCCACAUCAGGGUCAUCUGGGAGACGUUCAAGUUUGAAGUGGCCCUGAGGCUGGAGACCCUGUCGAUGCGGCUCACUGCCCUCCUGGUUCGAGUUCUGGUCUACCUGGGCAUCGUGCCUGACACCAAGGGGCUGUCCAAGUACCUGGAGACCUAGGCAUCCUGGACAGGAGGACCAUAGAGCUCAUCCCACCGCGCACCCAGCCAGGGCCAAGUGACUGUGAUUUGUUGGAGUAGGGGAUGCCCUGGGGCCCCGAAAUAAUCACAACACUCUUCUGAAAA